AACCAUGUUUCCUACGACAGGGUAACAGAGUUAACUGUAGCAACAACAACGUAACACGAUGAUUCUUUAUUUCAUUACGCUUCUGCCGUUGGUGAGAACGCUCACGAUCCCGGUAGAAAAAAUAUCAAAUGCCAUUCAGAGUCUUCCCGAUGUAAACACAUUUCCUACAGUCGAUGACGUACCCCAAGAUGUGUCCACUGUCCCUGUGAGUGUUGAAAUGGCUUCUUCAGAAAUAGGAGAAAACUUACUGAAUGUUAAAGGAACCCCACUGGUGGAAGAGAAGUCCCAUGCCUCUGAUGUCUCCGAUUUCCAACCAGUUGCUCUACCCACCGAUUUUGAAAGCUACGAUAAAGAUGGGAAUGGUUAUAUUGAGCUUGAUGAAUUAGUACAAGUGUCUGAAACGUCGGGGAGAGAGGCAGUCAGACCUUUCGUUGACGCAGACAAAAACCAUGACAGUCUUAUAUCACUACAUGAGUUCAAGAAUGCUCCAUGGAAUCUUCAGGGCGUAAUCUUUGUUCCGCAGCAAAAUUAUAUAGAUGAGGAAGAUAAAAUUGUAAUGCCAAAAGAAGCUUUUGAUAACUCUUAUACAGCUGGAUCUCUCAAAGAACUGGUCUACCACACUAGGAACGAUAAUGAAGAACCGUCUCUUCUUGAUGAGAGAGAGAAAAUGAAGGAUUCACAUAUUGAAAGGUAUGAUUAUUUUGAUAAUGAGAACAAUUAUAAAUUGAUUCCAACAGCCAUUGAAGAGGACGUAGAUGACAAAGAGCAAAAUUCAUACUCACUUAACUAUGAAAAUGAUCACCGUAAGAAAAUUCUGGAACUUUUGGAAGGUGACGAGUUCGUGGAUGAUGAAUUGCCUCCUAUAAAUGACGAUGAUAUUUUUCCCCAAAAAGAGGGCCAAGGUGACUUGGAACAGAAUAGAGUUUGAUCUUAAGGCAUUGUUUGAAGAUAUACUUUUUCCGAUUGUUCUGUAGAAAUAAAAGCAAUCGGUUGAAACUUACUUUAAAAAAGUUUUGAUGAUGAUCUAGUGAGCGAAAAAUUUAGAUGUGUUCGUCGUUUUAAUCUUUCGUCAUACAAUACCAAGAAAAACUCACGUUCUUUUAUUUUAUAUUUCAAUUUUUCCUUUUGUACGUAUUUACGUCAUCAAA